AAGCAAUGUGGUUGCCAUUCACAUGUCGCCGAAGGCCGCCAUUGUUGUUUUGGCUGUUCUUCGUUGCCAGACGGGGAUAAAAAUAUCGUCUGACAGCUAACAGGUCUGGCAACGGUGGUUGAUAGUUUGUGCCCAGCCAGCAAAUUGCUUUUAGCAAACGCCGACUUUCUGGCGUCGAAAAACCCGCUUUUCGGGGAAUCUGACAACGCUAACUUGACGGGCGGCAUAUCCAGAUUGUUCCGUACUGAUCGGCAAGUGAUUUGGAUUCCCUACAGUGUGGAUAUAGUGGUGGUUACAGCGGAUUGGCCACCGUUCUGUCCGAUUCGAGGACUAUCCGCGUCUUUUGUAGCAGAAAAGCGGCGGAGAUUCGCAGAGGAUUGGAUUGUCAAUAGUCAUAUAUCGACAUGGAUGAGGAGGUCAUUACCGUGGACGAAAGUCCAGCGGACGAGAUCAAUCCGCUGAUCCUCAAUGCUGGUAAAAAGAGAGCCCCGGAGUCGGAUAAGGAUGUGUCCACUAAUCCGUUCAACCGGAUACUUGGACCCGGGCAAGAUCACAUCCUGCUGAGCUGCGCGACGGAGAGGCAGCUCAUUGCCUUGGUGCGCCGCGAGCCGUCUUUGUAUGACACCCGGCAUCCGAAAUUCAAAGACGAUGUCCACAGGGAGAAACUUUGGCAGCGGAUUGCCCACCACUUGGACACGGAUUUGACCAACUGCCUGGUAGCCUGGGCGGAGCUGCGGUACCGAUUCCAGCGCCAUGUGCGCUGCCUGCGAUCUUUCCAUCGGAGCGCCGCCCAAUGCAAGACCCCACUGCGCCGGCGUCCGCGUAUUAGGCACGAGGAAGAGCUACUCUUCCUCUACCCUCAUGUGGCCAUAUACCCGGUGAUGGUGGAGAAGAUACAGCCAACAGAGGCCGCGGAAAGUAACCCGGAGACAGAGACCAUGGCCGAAGUAGAGUUCGUGGAACCGCCGCCCUUGGACAUCAUUGAUGUGGAUCUCGAGGAGGAGUCUGCCUACAACUACCGCUGCACCAAUGAGCAUCGCCGCCUCAUAGAGGCUGUGCGUCCCUACCCGCAGCUGUACGAUCCCCAGUAUCCUGGCUAUGAGAAUUCUCGCCAUCGCGGUCUCAUCUGGGGCGCCAUCUCCAACGAGCUUCACGACAAGGCCACCAAGCUGAUGAAGAGCUGGCUGAAGCUGGUGACGCGCUACGAAUGGGAGCUGUGGCAUCGUCCCGACCAGUGCAGCAGCUCGGAGCUGUGCCAGCUGAUGGACUUCCUGCGCACGCAUGUUCUGCGCCUGCGCGGCACCGUGUGCAAGGCCUCCAAGUACCUGCAGAGCGACUGGCACGAGCCCAUCGAGCACUUCCGCAGCGUGAUGUCGCUGAUCAACACGAUGCGCAACAUGCCCGAUCUGGUCCAGUUGACGGACGACUGGCUGACCUUCAAGUUGAAGCCGCCGCGCUACGACGAGUUCUGGAAAAAGGUCGGCCGCGAGGUGAUGUGCAGCUACGAGCGCUGCGAGGUCACCUGGCUGGUGCUGCGCUCCUUCCACAACGAACUGCAAGCCAUGCGCUUGGCAGGCUACCAGCUGCAGGACAAGUGGUACUUCGAGAACGCGCUCAGCAGCAUCUUCAAGCAGAUUGCCAGCCGCACGCCUCGUCGCGGCUACAAACGCCCCCACAACGGGGCCGUGAUGCAGGUCGGGGAGCCUACGCCGUCCGUUGCGCGGCUGCCACUGGCCAUUGUCUACCCGCCCGCCUCGAAAGGAAGCAGCAGCAUUACAACCAGCAGCAGUACGACCAGCAGCAGCACCACCAGCAGCAGCAAUACCACCAGCAGCAGUGGCACGAACACUGGUCCCAUCAUAUCUAAUAUCAGGAACAGCUCUGGCCCAGCCAUCGCCACGCCCACCAGUCUCAGUUCGAGUGUGGCCUCCGAGUCAUCUGUUCCCUCGUUUGUGAUCCCCAAAAUAACAUCUGCCAUUAGUGUGGCAUCCGCCAGCAUAGUGCCCAUAAAGCUGCCGCCCAUCGUAGGCAUUUCGCCAAGGACAGCGGCACCGGCCAACAUGGUGCCCGUGAAACUGCCGCACAGUGUAGGGCUUGCGCAAAUGACGAAGGCCGCCUUGGGUAUUGGCCUGGGCCCCAUCCCCGCCAGCAUUCAGCUGGCCGCGUCUAAUGCCACUCCAGGCGCAGUGCGUCCAAUACCUCAGCGACCCGGGCUGCAGGUGACGGUUAGGCCCAAGCAGCGUGUGCCCAAUAUCCUGCCGAUUGCGCCGCCUCUCUCGGGGGCUGUUAUCCGAGCGGUGAACCUUCCCAACCAGAAUCCAAUUCCACAAACUGCCACCGGGCAACCAAUGCAGCGACCUGUCCAACCGUCGACGCUGGGAGCGUUGCUAAGCGAACCGCCACUCGUACCGCAGAAUUCCAAACCAGUGCCGCAGAAUCCGCUAUCGUUAUUGAAACCGGCUCCAGUUCAACCCACUUUGGUUACCAAAAUACCGUCGAAUACUGUUUCCAGCAGCAGCAUUUCAUCGGCAACUGGGACUCCAAUGGUUCGGAUCCAUCAGCCGGGAUUGAGCAGCGGAUGGGAUGCCGUACAAAAUGGCUCUCCGGCCGGCAAAUGUGGCGCAACAUUGGCGCCUGCAGCAGCAGCAGCAACUAUUGCAUCAAGAGAAGAUCCGACAAUCGUCAAAGCAACAGCAGCAACCUCAAAAUGGAUUUCGUCAAUUACACUAGCAGAUUUGAACAAAAAAUAUCGACCAAUUGCACCUGCACCACCUGGCAUAGUCAGGGCAAGUAAACCUGCAGCAGAACCCACACCGACAACUUUAACACAUCCAGCAACAGUUGGCACUGUACCGGCAACAUUAGCUCCAUCUGCCAGAUUACCUACAUUAGCUACAGCUACAGCUGCAACAUCAGCUGCAUCUGAAACAGUGGACACUGCGGAUACAGAAGUCAAAGCCAUAUCGGAUGCACCAAGAGAAGCAACAGUAGCAGCCCCAACAGCAACCAUUCCAACAGUAGCAACAGUUGCCAAUGUAAAAGCAGUCACCAAUGCAAAGACAGCAGCUAAGCCGACAGCAAUAUCAGUAUCCCAGCCCGAUAAAGAACCAACCACGUCCGGCAGCAUUCAGUCGGAGAUUUGCGCUGACGAAAUUAUGGUGCACCUGGAGCUGAGUGCCGCCACUGGGAACCUGCUCCACAUUUGGGGCGGCAACCUGGCCACACGUUACAAUCUCAAUAUGGUCAGGACGGCGACCUUGAUCCGCGAGGUGAUGGCUGUGCCACAGCUGCACAAGAAAGAUCCGCAAUUGACCGAGAAGAGUAAUGAGAUCUGGAAGGUUAUCGGCAAGAAGUUCCAUAUGCCAGAGGAAGCUUUGCGCGCCUGCUGGAACUAUCUGGCUGACAACAUGAGUGUGUUCCCGCUGAUCGCACCGAUGUCGGAACUGAUGCGUCCGUUCAAGGGCAGCAUGAAGGUGUGGGAGAAGUCGCACCGUUUGUUCAGCAAGUUCGACGAAAUAGCGCGCAAGUAUAUGUGGAUGGAACACAAGGACGUGCUGCCGGAUGUGAUCCGCCACUUCCGGAAGCAUGAACACCUGUACUGGGAGCUCCAGAAGCCGCGACCUGGCGAAAUGGCGCCAGCUCCGCGCCAAUACACGGAUCAGGAGCGCCAGGAGGUGUGGCGCGAGGCCAGGGUAAAGUUUCCCAACCUCAAUCAUCGCGAUAUUUGGUCCAUGUUCAAGUUCGCCUUCCGCACGUAUAUGGAAGACCUGGAGCGCGGGAUCGAAAAUCCCUGGCCACAGAACUGGUGGCAGGCAUUGGAGCAGCUCAGGUUCCUGGCCUACGUGCGCUACCAUCCGCUCGAACCGUACUAUUACAUUGUGCACAACAAGAUCUCUGAGGAGGUGAAGCGCUGCAGCAUGUACGAGGCCCUGAUGUCCGCCGAUCCUGCCGACAAGAGCAGGCCCACGCCCAUCAGCCUUUUGGCGCGCCUCUCCAAGGAGCCGAUGCCUUGGGAGACGGAGGAGGCCAAGCGCAUGCUCACCGGCCAGUUGAGUCGGCCUAGCAGCUCGGCAGCCGCCUUCGCGCUGAAUAUCAACGCCCAAGCCCCAGCACCCACCGACUCACCAGUUCCCGUACCUGACAACAAUCCCGUGCCCCCAAAAGCACCCGCAACAGAACCUAUCGCAGGCAAGCAAGCGCCAAAAGAGAAAGAACAGUUGGCCAAUGGCACCGACACCGGCCAAGAACUGGUCCCUCAGACGAACCGCAUCACCUCCAUUCUUCCCACCAUCGAGGCCUUCCAGCUGACCCAAGUCCUGCGCCGCCAUCCGCACACCUUUGAGCGGGCGAGCACCAUCGACAAGCGCACCGCCUGGGUUCGCGUCUCAAAGGAGCUGGAUGCCACAGUGACCGAAUGCCGCCUGGGCCUGCAGUACGCUCUACGCGAGAUGCGCGUCCUGAAGAUCACGGACCCAAUGCAUCGCUGCACGAUGGGGCACAAGUACUACCGCCACAUGACAGAGAUCUAUAAGCAGGUGAAGCCCAACGGCCAGCUCAAAGUCCGCACGCCGCAGCAGCUCAACCAAUCGCUGGCGGAGCCCACUCUGGAAGUUGUACCGCAGCGAUUCGUGCCCGAGAUCAACAUGACCACCUGCAGCACGGGCCUUGUGCUGAAGAACUGGGCCAACGCCGUCGGCAACUUGUCCCAAGCCAGCCAGGAUGAGCUGACCGUCAAGCUGACGAAGCUGUUCUCCAAAUUCGCCGAAGAGGCCAACAUCAACUGGAUUUAUCCGCCGCCGCCUUAACUCGGUUAUCUCUUUUGACACGCGUAACUUAAUAUAAGUUUUAUCGAUAAGUAAAUUCACUGUUCGCUUUGAAUUACCUUUCCACGCUACUAUGCUAUCCGAUUGCAUCUAAUUUAUAAUGAAUUGCAUAAAUUGCAAGAAAUACUUUUUUUUUAAUAAAAAUCACAUCAUUUUACGAUGCGUAAAAACAUAAAUAAACCAC